UGCAUGAACGAGAAUACGUGGUAAGGUAGGCUUUCAGUCAAACCUAUGGGUGAUUUGUGUGGGUUCUGGAGCAGAAAGCCUGGUGCCAUUAGACUAACGUUCGCCCGGAAGAAGCAAUCAUUGCUUUGUUUACUUGCAGAAGGGUUAGUCAUGGCUUUUGGUAGCUGUUCUAUGAUCAGGAGGGGACAAGUAGGGCAGCAGUAUCUAACCACUUCUCAUCACUCAUCUCUCAUCAAUUACGUAUUCAGCACUAAAUUUUUUCAUAUAAUCAUUCAUGAUUCAUCCCCCCAAGAUGGAUCUCUCAUUUGUUUAUCUAGAAAGGAGAAAGAAGAGAAACACAAAUGGCGAGCAAGC